UCGGCGAAGCACUCGGACCUCUGCGAGCGGCGGAAUAUAUACGCCGACGAGAAGUCGUCACUGGAGUCCGAAUUGGAUAAGAAUUUGGUUCAGAGGAAGAAUGAAUUGGAGAUGACUUUAAUCGACGCCCGCAUUAUGGAGAGCGAGACACUCGUCGAGAACGAGUCCUUUGACUUGGAAUUGAUUGACAAACGGAUCGCUUCUUUCCGGCAACUGUUGGAGGAAAAGGACGCGAAGAUCGAUGAGUUGGUCAAACAGCAGACCGACCAGAAGGAGCUGUUGGACAAACUCAGGGCUGCCGAAGACAAACAGAUGGAUAUCAUUAACGUUGAGGCGAAGACAUCGCGAAAGAUAGCCAUUAAAUUGGAAACAAUUGAGAAGAAGCAUAACGAGUGUCUCAGAAAGUUGUCAAAAAUGGGCACAAUUCCGAGCGAUUGCGACAAUAAUUACCACAAUAUGAGUCUUAAGGACGAAUACUUGGAGCUCCAGAAAUGCAAACAUAAGUUGUCGAAAAUGCCGUCCGUUAAUCAGAAAGCAUUGGAUCAGUUGACUGAAGGGCGAGAAAAGGGACGCAUUUUGCAGUUGGAAAAGAGAGAAAUCAAAGCCGGAUAUGAAUCCAUACAACGGCUGAUCGAAACGCUCGAACACCAGAAGUACGAGAAGAUUCAGGUGACCUAUAAGUCGGUGUCCAAGUUCUUUGUCGAGAUCUUCCAGCGUUUGGUACCCGAAGGCAAGGCUUUCAUCGAUAUGGUCUAUAAGGAUAGCGCCGACAGCGGCUCUGCCGGCUCUCAAGCGAGUGGUUCUCAUGCGAGUCAAGAAUCGCAAUCUUCGGGCGGUAUUUCCGGCGCAGGCCUAACGCCGACAUUCGCUCAAAUCGAUAACUUCAUUGGUGUCCGCAUACGAGUGGCCUUCACCGGCAAGACUGUGGUCAAGGAAAUGAAUCAGUUGUCCGGCGGCCAGAAGUCGAUCGUGGCGUUGGCCUUCAUAUUCGCGAUCCAACGCUGCGAUCCGCCGCCCUUUUACCUCUUCGACGAAGUGGAUCAGGCGUUGGAUCCCUUUUAUCGCAAAGCACUCGCCGAUUUGAUAAAAGAGAUGUCGAGAUCGUCUCAAUUCAUAUCAACCACAUUCAGACCCGAACUGCUCGGAAGCGCUCAAAAGUUCUUUGGCGUCAAAUUUGCGAAACGAGUAAUGAUUUUGGAAAAUAUUUGCGUAAAACUUAUAAGUGAUUGUAAUAUGAAUUAA